GCACUUGAUGGCAGUGUGUCAGGCAACAAAUUAAAGAGAGCGGGGCAGAGAGACAGCGAAAAGAGAAAGUCCUGUCUUGCUGUGGUGGCGCGCGCAUAUUACCCCAACGAAGGAGGAUCGCAAGUUUGAGACCAGCCUUGACAAUUUAAUGCUGCAGGAUGGAACCGAGUGUGGGAACCAAGCUGCUGAUGCUGUUGUGGGCCGUGUACUGCAAAUAUGCGCUGGCAGAUGGGCUGAUCGGCUACCCUGUCAUUGAAGUGACCAACGGGGGUCCCUGGGGCGACUGGGCCCUGCCUGAGAUGUGUCCUGAUGGAUACUUUGCCAGCGGGUUCUCACUUAAGGUAGAGCCCCAUCAAGGCAUUCUCGGUGAUGACACAGCUCUGAAUGGGAUCCGGCUGCAUUGCACACGUGGUGGGGUGCAUGGAGUGAGCCUCUAUGGUGUCCUAGUGGUGGCUUCCUAGUGGCUUUCUCACUUCGGGUGGAAGCACCCAUAACCCCUGGGGACAACACCGCAGUGAACAACGUGCGUUUCCGGUGCUCAGAUGGCACGGAGUUGCAGGGGCCUGGGCUGGACUGGGGAAAAUUUGGAGAAUG